AUGCCCGCCGUUCUUAGCACGCUCAAGCCCUUUGCUGUCCGCUUGGUACCUCGCGUACUGCUAGUGGCAAAGCGCAAGCGGCACACAUUGGCCGUCGCGCCUCCUACUCAUAUUGGAACCGAGAGCGUCGCCUCUGCUACUUCGACGCCGAUGCCGAGCUCGAAUAGUUGUUCGAUAGUCCGCAAAGCACUCCGAUAUGUGGAAGCGCACACCACUGGAGGUGAUGGUUAUGUCGCUCAGAGCCGUGGCGAACGCAAGGCGAUGGCCAAAGACGUCCUGCUGCUCAGCUUGGAGGCACUCGCCCAGUCCGCGGACGCAUUCCCGCCGCUCAAGAGCGCCGUAGGCGGGCUGUUGUUCUUGACAACGCAGAUAGAGCUUGUGUCAAGCAAUAAGGAGCAGAUCUCGAAGAUCUACGCACAAAUCGACGCCUUUGCAGCGUCCCUUGUGCGAGCGAUACCGGAUGCGACUGCACUGUCGCCCGCGCACGAGGCUGCGAUUCGAGCGCUUGCCGAGGAUAUCCAGGCUGUGUCCUUGGAUAUCGAAGCUAUCGCCCGGCAGCGUCCCGUAAAGCAUCUCUUCUGCGCUAAGCGGCAUUCAGGACAGCUGGUUCAGCUCAUGAAGCGUCUGGACCAAGCCGACAAGUCUUUCACCAGAACUCUGUUGUCGACGGUUGAGAGCAAGGUUUCGGAGAUUCAUGAAUCAGUACUGCCUUUGCGAGAUGAGGUGCAUCGCCUCGCUCGGAUUGGCAAGUACUUUUUUUUGACAUACCUACGGCGCUAUAGCAACGAUGGAGAAGCCACAGAUCAACCCCUAUACUAG